CACGUCGCCCUCCGGCCGAGAUACCUUCAUAUUAUCAUCAACAAUCUUGUUUUUAUGGGGCAAAGCUAAGCUGAUACCAUCAUCCACUAUGAAAGCUCGGUCCUGAACUUAACAACUCUGAGGAGAUCUUCAUCCGACGCCAAAGACUCCUCUCUCUUCUUUCCUCUGCUCUCGGGAAGAAAGCUGUAGCUGAAGCUUUGUUGUUGGGAACUUGUCAGAGGAAACGAGGAGAUGCACGACUUCUGCUUCACGAUCCCGUACGGGCUUCUGAUCCUGGUGGGAGGCCUCGUGGGCUACGCGCGGCGGGGGAGCACCGCCUCGCUGGCCGGCGGCGCCAGCUCCGGCCUCCUCCUCCUCCUCGCCGGCUUCGUCAGCCUCAAGGCCUUCGAGAAGCGCCGCAACUCCUACCUCGCCCUGAUCCUCGAGACAGUUUGUGCCCUUGUAUUAACAUAUGUUAUGGGGCAAAGAUACCUUGAAACAUCCAAGAUAAUGCCAGCUGGGUUAGUUGCUGCUCUCAGUGUACUUAUGUCUGGAUUCUACCUUUACAAGAUUGCAAAUGGUGGCAAUGAUAUCCCAUCCAAGGCGGAGUAAACUUGUCAGUUGAAAUUUCAAUUGUACAACGUGCUUUAGGGAAAGUAACAUGUAUCAUGAAUCAGCUUCUUGGUUUUUAAGUUUUCUCAGUUGUAUUCCUUCCUGAAAGAUACAGUCAUAUCUUCAUGGUACACAUACUUUAAAGAGCAUGUGCUUCAUGUUUGUGUUGAAAGAAAAAAAAUGGAAGUUCACUAAUGCAUAGGUAGACCCAUCAGAUUGUUUAUUUUGUCA